CGCCACCUGUUCGACAAAAAUCCUCACUCACACAACCCACAUCACCACACCUCAAUUUUAACCCAUCUCACUCAUCAUUGGUAAAGUGUCACUCACGUCUUCAAAGCCAGCCAGCACCAAUACACUCAUCAUACACACAUACAAACACUAAAAGACACACAUAUGUGUGAGUGUGUGUCAUGUGUAUGGAUCUUAUGAUUAAGUUUUAAACUAAUAGCGGUGGACCGGUGGUUGUGUUUUGUAGUAAAUGGUUGUUGACUCAAAAGCAGGAAUCUCGAAAGCAUUUUGGUGUUUUUUUCUUUUUUUUUUCGUUUUGAUUUUGAUUUUUUUAAUAAUUUAGGAAUCUUGAAAGCAUUUUUGUGUAUUUUUCUUUAAUUAUUUAUUUUGUUUUGAAUUUUUUUAAUACUUUAUGGGACCAUUUUGGUUGCUGGGUGGUUGUAAUUAAUUGAUGUUGGGUUUGUCUCAUGGCACUCCCAUACUUUUUAUAUGGAAAACAACCCCACAAAUAGAAAACAGUGAAGAAGAAGAAGACACCAUUAUUGCUUUUUUUUUCUGACCCGACCCGACCCAGAUCGGUUUCAUGACUCAGUUGCUUAAUUGUUUAUGUUUUGUUUGUUAUCUUUUUGUGGGUGGUGUGUUUCCAAUGAGAAUUUUGAAAUUAAAAGUUUCAAGAUUUUGAUGUUUUUGGUUUGGGAAAGUGAAGAUCGGCCAUGGCUCCUGCUGGAAAAGCUUUAGGGUUCUUUCUUGAAGCCAAUGAUUGGUUUUGUAAUGCAGGUUUGCCAAGUGAUAUAACUAUUGUCAUUGAUAGAGUGAAGUUCCAUCUUCACAAGUUUCCCUUAUCAUCAAGAUGUGGAAAAAUAGAAAAACUAAUCGAACAAACUCAAAACAUCGAUCAAGACUCUCGCACCAUUACGCUAGAAAAUAUUCCCGGUGGACCCAACACAUUUUUAGUAAUAGCAAAAUUCUGUUACGGUAUUCGCGUGGAAUUCACACCAAGAAACGUCGUUAUCAUAUAUUGCGCGGCAGAUUAUCUCGAAAUGUUCGAUAACUAUGGUGACGACAAUUUAUUUGUGCGGGCUGAGAAUUACUUCCACAAACAUGUUUUAAAAAACUGGAAAGAUUGCAUGGUUGCUCUUCAAAGUUGUGAGAAUGUUAUGUCACAAGCAGAUGAUUUGCAAAUAGUUAAUAAAUGUUUGAAUGCAAUAGCGAUGAUGGCUUGUACGGACCCUAGUUUGUUUGGAUGGCCGAUGAUGAUGUACGGCCGAUUGCAGAGCCCGAAUGGUAGUAUUUUGUGGAACGGGAUUAAUACGGGUGCACGAAUCAGAAGCUUGGAAUCGGAGUGGUGGUUUGAAGAUAUUUCGUAUCUUAGUGUGCCUUUAUUUGAGAGGCUUGUAAAGACGAUGGAAGCUAGGGGCCUCCGGCCCGAAAAAUUAACAGGAGCUAUAAUGUACUAUACUAGAAAACAUCUUCAUGGGUUAGGCCGAUGGCAAGGCGGACAAAAUAUCAAAAUCAAAUCAAUUGCAAGUUUCAGCAUGAAACCCGCGAUCGUCGAUCAACGAGUUCUACUAGAAACCAUUGUAAAACUUCUUCCUGAGAAAAAAGGAAAAUCUUUUUGCCGUUUCUUGUUGGGACUUUUACGGGUUGCGUUGAUUUUGGGUGUUAACGAUAACUGUCAAGAUUCUCUUGAACGAAAGAUCGGAAUGCAGUUGGAAUACGCCACACUUGAUGGCCUUUUGAUUCCUACGUAUUCGGAUUCCGAUACUUUAUAUAACAGUGACUGUGUUGAAAGGAUUAUUAAUCAUUUUUUGGCUUGUGAAGAGAAAGUUACGGUUCUUUCUCCGAGAUCGAUCGUUUCGGAAGUAUCGCCGUCGUCUGUACCGUUGAGGAAAGUUUCAAAGCUUGUGGAUAAUUAUAUGGCGGAGGUUGCAUCUGAUGUGAAUUUGAAACCUGAAAAGAUAAAAUCGCUUGCGGAAAUUCUUCCUGAUUCUGCAAGAUCUUUGAAUGAUGGGUUGUAUAGAGCCUUGGAUGUGUAUUUCAAGGCGCAUCCUUGGUUACCAGAGAACGACAAAGAACAACUUUGCAACAUCAUCAACUAUCAAAAGCUAUCUAUCGAGGCGUGUGCGCACGCUUCUCAAAACAAUCACUUACCACUUAGAGUUGUGCUUCAAGUAUUAUUUUUCGAGCAACUGCAGCUAAGAAGCGCUUUAGCUAAUGUGGCGGACGACGAAAACGCCCAUACGGGUCCAUUAAGUAUCAUGCCAAGUGGCGGCACGGGUACAGCUGGCAACAUUGUACAAAGAGACGGGUGGGUGACAAUCGUGCGCGAAAAUCACGUCAUGAGAGUAAAUAUGGAAAGAUUGAGGGCUCGAGUCGUUGAACUCGAAGAAGAGUUUAACCGAAUGAGGGAAGAAAUGAAGAGAGUAAGUAGAACACAAAGUUCGAUAGAGUCGUCGUGGUUUCUUUCGAGAACAUUUGGAAAAUGCAAACUUCUUCUAGAUUCAUCUAAUGUUGAAGAAGAUGUUGUGGCAAGCACCGGCCCCGCUACGCCACGCGGGUCGAUUGACCGGCCACGACCCUCGCAUCACUCCAAGCAACGUUGAUGUGGACAGGAAUUUCACGAACCAGAAAAGGCGCGAAAAGUUGUAUGUGAAGUUGACAAAUGAAGUAUAGAGUCUUUGUAAGUAGUUUAUAUGGUUUAUGACACCAGAAAAUCCAUCCCAGAUGUUUGGAUAUUGAUGACGUGGACAUCUGUUAUGGAUUUUUUUACCCAAAACGCGUAUAACGUCGGGUAAUUAAGCCCGUUACAUGCUUAUUCUUUUGUGAAACGCUGCAUCUGCAUGCAGUUUAAGUAUAUAACACAGGUGUGAUGAAAUUGUAAUGAUAUAUUUUAUAGUUUGUAUAUGUUCAGUCCCUACAAUACAUGUAAUUUUGUUUGUUUAAAUAGUAAGAUAUGUUGCAAUGUGA